AUUACUAUCAUUGUAAUAUCUAUUUCACGGGUUGUGAACAGUCAUUAUUUGUAUUAUUUUACGAUAUACAGACAGCGAGAAGAUAAACUACACAAGAAUGAACGGGUCAAACAUAUCACUCGCCAACGUCUCUAACAUCAGUACGGUUAACACCUACUGCAAGUAUAGGGAACCUGACUCCGAUGUCGAGAAAAUUGCCAAACGCUCUGCCUCAGUACUGGUCAUUGUACUGGGGAUUUCUCUCAACAUCUUCGUCAUCAUUCUCGCUGCUAAAUACACAGCACGCAAGAACCUGCAUCAUUUGAUCAUCAACAUGGCCGUCUCAGAUGCUCUAUAUCUCUUGGUGAUGUUAUUGUCCAAUGUCCCUUGGCUGUCUGACUUUAAAUGGAGCAUAUAUCCCCGCAGUACCCUGGGCGUCAUAUUCUGUAAACCUAUAGUGUUUCUGAUACACAUCUCGUAUAGGGUAUCAUUAGUUACUCUAUUAGUAAUCAGUAUUCAACGAUUCAGAGCAACAACAACAACCUUGAAAAGAAGGAGACCAUACACACUGAAACAACGUAUGGCAAUAAUUGCUGUCACUUGGUUGAUCUCCAUGACAAUCCCUGCCCUUUACGCGUAUAAGGCAAGGGUACGUGGCCAAUUAUGUAAUUUCAGGUAUAGCGAUAUUCUGAAUAACAGAGUAAUUUUCUUUGUUACCCUAUUUGAAAGUGCUAUUCUGGUUAUCCUCUGUUGUGCCAUAGUCAUUCUAAGUAUUUUAACAAUAAGACGUUUAAACAAACCACAAGGUAUCCAAAAUCACCUUAGUGAAGAACAACGAAACCUACGAGCACGUCGUACUCGGGUAGCCGUAAGAAUGGUUCUCGCCUCUACAUUACUGUAUACAUGUUGCUGGUUUCCCAACUUAGUUAUUGCCGCUGUGCUGUUGAUCAACCAAAUCUUCCCGUCAGCUGAUACAACGAAUUCCUCACUUUGUAUUGACUGGCCAUCAUUGUACUUUAUCAUUGAUUAUUUCCUACCUGUGGUCAACUCCUGUUUGAGUCCUUGCGUCUAUCUUAUAUUUCUUUCUGAUUUUCGUGACGCAGCCAAGAAGAUACUCUGCCGAAAACAGGCAAUAAACCGGGAAGUAAACAACCCCAUCGAACUGCAACYGAUGAAUCCAGUGUGUAACAGAAGGAGAGGGAGAAGAAGGUCUGAUGAAGAUCGGGACAUUUAAACUGACUUUGAACAAUGUCUACAUACAAAACGUAUCUCAGUAAUCUUGAAUUAAGUUGUACUAUAAAGGAUAUUGCAGUAAAAAAACGUUUUUAAUUUAGGUAC